UCUCACACACAUGCCAAGAACCUCUCUCCAAGACAAAUCACUAACCUUAUCACAUAUUAAUCAAUAAUGUGUUCGUACAAGACAUCACAAAGAAAAAGGGAUGUUGAAAAGAUUGAAGGUGAAGGAAGUCCAAGAAUAUCCAAGCGGUCCUAGAGAGUAGCUAGCUAGGUGGGUGCAUUUCUAUUGAGGGGAGGUGGGAGGUGGGGCUAAAAUGGACGAGCAGGCAGGACUUCCAAACCUGCACUUUGUUCUAGUUCAUGGAGUAUGCCACGGAGCCUGGUGCUGGUACAAGAUCAGGUGUCUCAAGGAAAAAUCUGGCCAUAAGGUUACUUCUCUCGACCUUAAAAGUGCUGGUAUUGAUCUGUCCAAUCCCAACACAAUCCUCACUUUUGAUGAAUACAAUGCACCCCUUACCCGCUUCUUGUCGAAUUUGCCUGACAAUGAAAAGGUUAUAUUGGUAGGACAUGGUGCAGGAGGUUUGAGCUUGACAGAUGCUAUACACAGAUUUGCUAAGAAAAUUCGUAUGGCUAUAUAUGUUGCAGCCAACAUGUUGAAGCAUGGCGCGGAUCAAGAUAUCAAAGAUGGUGAUCCUGAUGUAUCUGAAUAUGGAGAGGUAGCUGAUUUAGAAUAUGGGAUGGGGCUUGAUCAGCCUCCAACAAGCAUCAUAAUAAAGGAGGAGUUCCAGAAACGACUUCUCUAUCAUAUGAGCCCCAAAGAGGACACCAUAUUACCAUCAAUGCUACUGCGAUCAGGACCUGUCAGGGCACUCAAAGGAGCUCGAUUUGAAAGAGGAAAGGAUGCUGAUUCUGUUCCACGAAUAUAUAUCAAGACAUUGCACAAUCAGAUGCUAAAACCGAUGAAACAAGAGCAAAUGAUAGAGAUGGCAACCUUGUUAAGUUCUUGUAUUGGAAAGUGAUCAUAGCCCAUUUUUCUCUACCCCUUCUUUGCUUCUCGAUCUAAUAUCUAAAGGAGCAGCAGCUUCCUUCUAAUAUUGUAACUGGAAAUUAUGUUUCUUAAUACUUGGGAGUUAUUGUUUAAUUUCCUUUUUCUUUCA